AUGGCAACAGUUCUUGAAUAUCCAACAACAUCGGAUGAUGAAGAAUCUUUUGAUGAUGAAAAAACAGCAAGUGGCUCAUUUCGAAAUGGAGAUUUUCAAGGACGAGUUUUUAAAUGGACUAAUUAUUUACAUGGAUGGCAAGAAAGAUAUGUCAUAUUAAAAAAUGGAUUUUUAAAUUAUUAUAAAAAUGAAUACGAUAUUGGUGUUGGUUGUCGAGGAGCUCUUUCUGUUAAACAAGCUCUUAUUCAGUCUCAUGAAUUUGAUGAAUGUCGUUUUGAUGUACGUGUUGGUGAUUCUGUAUGGUAUUUACGUGCGCAUAGUCCUAGUGAUCGUGAACAAUGGAUACAAGCAUUAGAAGAUCAUAAACAAAUGUGUAAAAGUGAAUCCGGUUAUGGAAGUGAAACAAGUUUAAGACGUCAUCCAAGUCUUGGUUCAUUAGCAUCAACAGCUAGUGCUAGUGUUGCUUCAACUGGUUCAUUUAAAAAAGAUCGUAGUUUAAAAGAAAAAUUAAAUGAAUUAGAAACAUUUCGAGAAUUACUUGUACAACAAGUUGCUACAUUACAAACUUACUUUGAUGCAUGUGCUAAUGCAGUAACAAAAGGAUUUGAACCAUAUCAAAAAGAAUAUGAAAAUGCAACUGAUUUAGAUUUCGAAGAAUCAUUAGAUAAAAAUGAUUCAAAAUUAAUAUCAAAUGAUGACACUAUCAAAAAUUUAUCUGUGAAACCAAAAAUUGAUCGAUUGGCACUUAAUGAUCAUGCAGCUAUGGCUAUCGAUUUCAAAGGAGAAGCUUUAACAUUUAAAGCAACAACAGAUGGUGUUAUACAUAAUGUAGCAUUUUCUAUUGAAUUAAUGCAAAAACGAGAAGAUAUUUGGAGAAAAAAAUAUGAAAAAGAAUUGGAACGUCGUAAAAAAUUUCAAGAUUUAUAUAAUAAAAUAAAUAUACAAAAAAUUCCUGCACUUGGUUCACCAGAUGCUGAAGAAGGGCCACAUAGUACAUUAAAAGAAGAAGAAUUUUUCGAUGCACUUGAUCAAUCUCUUGAUCGAAUCGAUCGUGAAAAUGAUAAAUAUCAAUUUUCCGUAAGUAUUGAUAUUUUUUCGUUUUCAUUUUGGUUUUAG